CCUUGCCCAUUAUCUCACAGUCCGUUCGAUCAAGCUGCUACUACCUACUUACUUAUAGUCGAUCGUGCAUUCGUCGUCAUUACCAGCUCUGCCGCGCACCAACAAUGGCGUCCCGCAAGCCGCUGCAGCUUUUGUUCUUCCUCGCGCUGCUCUUCUUGUCCGGGCGGCGCCCUAGCAGGUGCUGCCGCGGGCAGCACGACGACCAACGGCACCGCCUCGGCCGCCGGAGCUGCCGCGCCGGCUGCCAUCACUAGGGCCGGCGGCAUAAGGUCCCUGGCGUCGUCGUCGCCGUCGUCCCAAGGCGGCGGUGUGUUCAGCCUCGACCGCUACGGCGCGCGCGGCGACGGACGGCACGACGACACGCGGGCGCUCGCCAAGGCGUGGAAGGCGGCGUGCGCCUCGCCGCGGCCGGCCGUCGUGCUUGUCCCCGGCGGCAAGCGCUACCUGCUCAAGCUCGUCAGGCUCGCCGGGCCAUGCAAGUCCAGCGUUGUGCUGACAGUGAAGGGCACGCUGGUGGCGUCGCCGAACAGGGCCGACUGGAGCGACAGGGACAGGAGGCACUGGAUCGUGUUCAGUGCCGUCGACAAGCUCACCGUCAAUGGCGGCGGCGCCGUCGACGGCAACGGCGAGACGUGGUGGAAGCACUCGUGCAAGAUCAACAAGGCCAUGCCGUGCAAGGAGGCGCCAACGGCCUUGUCAUUCCACUACUGCACAGGUUUGAGAGUGCAGGACCUGAAAAUUGUGAACAGCCAGCAAAUCCACAUGUCGAUCGAGGAUUGCACCAACGUACAGUUGGCAGGCCUGUCCAUCACAGCGUCCGGCACGAGCCCGAACACCGACGGCAUCCACAUCACCCGCAGCAAGGAUGUGCAGGUCACGAACUGCAAGAUCAAGACUGGGGAUGAUUGCAUGUCCAUCGAGAACGGGACGCAUAAUCUCUACGUCUCGAAAGUUGUAUGUGGGCCAGGGCACGGGAUUAGCAUUGGAAGUUUAGGAGAUGACAACUCUAGAGCUGAAGUCUCCGGCAUUACCAUAGACACGGUGCAAUUGUACGGCACAACCAAUGGUGCACGCAUCAAGACGUACCAAGGAGGGAGUGGUUACGCCAAGGAUAUCACAUUCCAAAACAUGAUCAUGGACAAUGUCAAGAACCCGAUAAUCAUCGACCAAAACUACUGCGACAAGGCUAAGCCAUGCAAAGCUCAGGGGUCAGCGGUGGAGGUCAGCAACGUGGUGUUCAAGAACAUCAGGGGGACAACCGUUACCAAGGACGCCAUCAAGCUCAACUGCAGCAAGAAUGUCCCGUGCCAUGGCAUCACCCUGCAGAACAUUGACCUGAAGAUGGAGGGCGGCGAUGGUGCCGCAGAAAGCACAUGCCAGAACGCCAAAUGGAGAAAAUCCGGAACGGUUCGCCCGCAGCCGUGCACCUCCAAAAACUAGGUCAUGCACAUCAGUACCAUGUACAAAGUGUGUGCGCGUAUAGAAGGAACAAGUAGUUAUAGUCAAAGCAUGCAUCGUCCUCACACUCGUGGGUUUCUAGUAGAAACCUGCAAUCUAUUAUCUUAAUAUAAUAGUGUUAAAAGAAAUCACCACAUUUGUCGGGUUUAGAAAUUCCCACGUUAAUCGGAAAAAAGAGAAGAAUAUCCACCGUUGGAUUUUACGAUGAUCUAACGG